CAGCAGAGUGGAGGCACCAAAGCCCCCACCAGAACAAUAUCAAGGGAAAUAAACAUUACCUCCAAGGGGGCACCAGGGGAGGUGGGAUCAUGUGUGAUUGGAAUAGAAGCCCAGAAUGAGUUUUUAUUUCCUGAAUACCAUUUGCUCUCUGCCAAGCCCAUCAUCCCAAUAGGUCUUGAUACUGGGCAUCCCAUCCCCACCCGUGCCGAUCAAGCUAAGGCCCUUCGCUAUCCACCGGCACAGCUGUUAUUGACGAAGGCGGACCUGGGCGCCACACGUGAGUGCAUGGAGGAGGCCAUGCCAGAGGACGUAGGAGCCUGGGCUCCUACGGCGAGUGAUGGAAAAGUGUUCCUCUAUUCAAGACAUGAAGACCAGCUGUUGGACACUUUGAAUUUGAAGGUGAAAUGCCUCUGCUUAGCUGUAUCACCUCUCCUACCCCUGGUUGUUGUUGGCACAGACAAUGGGUACCUCAUCCUCAUAUCAACUGAAAAUGAGAAGCUCAGUGUUAAGUGCAAACUCUGUACAUCAGUUAUGAAAGCAGGUGACUUGCUUGUGAGAAAGAACCUCAGUGCAUCAGAAUUGACCAAUGAGUGCUUACUCCAUCUUCGCUUCCCUUGCACUGCUUUUGCUGUCAAGCCACCUCAUGUCUUCACUGCCAGUUAUCACAAUCGAGCAAUCAUUCAUUGGCAACUUAGAUGCAGAGAUGGAAGUCACGAGGUCCUUGAGUACAUGCGGGAGAUCCCAACACUGCACUCUUUAAGGAUUGAAGUAUUGAUUCCUGGUACAAAUGUGUACUGCUGUGGUAGAGAUGGAAUGCUUACAGAAAUAUCUGCAUGGAAUGGUGAUUGUCCAAAAACAGAAGUGAGUGAGAAGUUUGGUCAUGAAGGGUAUCGAUGUUCCAGAUACUGUCCAUCACAGUCUGAUCUGCUUGUUGUGAAGGCAAAUCAAGUUCUUUGGAAGCACAUAGACAUCAGUCCGAGUGUAUACAACUUGACCAGUUCUAUGGACAUGGGUAUGGUUCAAGAGGAAGAGGAGGCAUUUAGAGAACUCCCACUUAUAGAUCUCAAUUGGAAUGAAAGCAUCCAUGAUCUUACCAUAGAAGACAGACGUUUGCAGUCAAUUCGAGAAGUUGAAAUAAUCAAGUACUCCCCCAUGAAAGAAAAGCUUCAGGAAGAUCUCAGAGACAUCAUGAGUGGGCUCAGCUCUUUGCUAGACCUCAAUACAGUUUCUGAGGAAUUGUACCGUUUAGAGAGCAAAGAUUUCAUGCUAAAUGUUGGAGAAUAUCAGAAUUUGCAGUCUUCACAUAAGGGGCAACUUGUCCAACUGAAACAGACUUUGAAAAUGGACGAGUUGAAGUACUUUUACUGGGCUAAGGAAUUGCGGUAUCAGAAGCAUGAGGAUAAUAGUCAAAGUAUCCUUGGCAGCCACUGCCCCCCAGGCCUUUUCACUGCUCUUGAGGACACCUUGAAGCUGUUGCAUCCACAGGAAGAACUGAAUUCAACAAAAAAGAAGAUGGAGCAAAUUCUCCUGUUGGAGCUCCUCAUAUAUGAGGCAAAGAAGCAUUUCAAUGCACAUUUUCAGCAUUUAUGGAGCAAGAAAGAACGUAUGAUUCAGAUAUUUGAGGAGCGCAAUCAGAGAAUGGAAGUUAUUAAGAAAGAGCUUGAGUUUUUUGGUUGCCUGAAUUCAUUUUUUCCUAUUGGUCUGCCAUUCUGGCAUUUAGUGGCAAAUGAGAUGAAGCAGCAGAAUGAUGUUCUGAACCUUAGGAUUUCAAAACAUGGCACAAGCCCUGAUGGGCAAGGAAUCGAAGGAGCAUCUCAGAAUGGAAAGUCAUCCCUGAGUCAGUCUUUAGACACAGCUGCUACAUCCCAUUCUCACGAGGCAAAAUCCAAUAGUUCCCUUUCAUUUGAAAAAAGCACCUUCUUCCAAGAAUCUCUUCAGCGAAUGAUGGAAGGAGUGCUGGAACUCCCUUGGCAAGAGGUAUUAAAGAAAGAUAUUCCCAAACCAGAUUUCUUGACUCUAAAGACUACAUCCGAUUGGACUGCUGAAGAAAGACAUGAGCAUGGAGAAUAUCUUGCCAAAGUGAAAAAGAGAGAAGCUGAUCGUAGGGCCUAUUGCAGAGCUUUGAGCAAGGAGGUCCAAACUUUGAGAAAAGCUAUUGAAAGUGAAAGUCAGGAGUUCGAUGCCCAGAUGGAAGAUGCAAUGAGGUUGCGUAGGAUUGUGACGAUUGUUAUUCGCAGGAUGGAGCACAUUAUGGCUUCCUUAUCACGUGAAGUUUAUGUCCAGAGACAGCUCGAGCUUAAAAUUGAAGCAACUCGAGAAUCCAUUCGAGUAUCAGAGGCAGAGAGGUGUCUCCUCUGUGAAAAACACUCGGACAUCAUUAGUGCAAAGGAAUCAAGUGACCAAAGACUGAAUUCUCUCAGGUUGAAAUUUGCCAACAUUGAGCAAUCUUUCUGUGAUCUUUGUAUUCGACUAAGAUCUGAUCAAGUGACUGUUCUUAGAAGCUGGUUCAAGGCAAGUUCAUUGAUGACUGAAGCCCCUAGGGUGCCUGAUAGGCCACAAGGUAUAGAUGAUAAAACAUGGAAGAAAGCCUGUCAUCUUUGCAAGCAAGGACAUCUCCUUCAGAAGGCACUUGGUGCAGAAGAGAAAGUGAGGAGUGAUUUAGACCCUGAAUGGGCUCAAAAACUUGUAAACCUUCAUACAGUAGAGUGCAAACUGAAGAUGAUGAAUGAGGAAGUUUCUCAGUUGAUCUCAGAAUGGGAGGCCUGCAGUAAAAAUGUGAAAAUCUGCAUUCCAGUUCCCAUGGCUCAACUUUGCUGUUGCAACAUGCAGUUGGGUAUCUUUUGUCCUCCACCUUCUUUGUCAAUGAUAGAGUUCCAAGAAGCAGAAACUAUCAAGCAGCAAGUAGAUAAACUGGAAUCCAGUCACAGAGACAAGGUGCAGAAGCGAAGAGAUGUUGAUUAUGAGAUUGCUUGCAUGGAAUGGGAACAGGAGUACCUUGAAACAAAGAUGUGCUUCCUUCGUGAAGAUAUCAGUAACAUCAAUAAGUUGUCUUUGAGCAAGGAAAUUCAAAGAGUCUUGCAGAGUGGAAUGAAAGAGCAAGCAUAUGCUGCUCAGAAACUAGAUACCAUCUUGCAACAGACCAAAAUGACAAAGGAGUUCCAUGAGGUCUGGAUGCAUCGAGUGCAGCAGCACUUGGCUUCUCUCCAACAUCAUAUUACAGAGAGAGAAGAGGAAAAUUUGGAAUUUGCCAAGUACACAGAUGAGUUGACUCAAACUCUCAGACAGCAAUCAAUCCAAGAUCAAGAUGUUCAUUUAAGGACAUCAAUGCGAAUGGAUUUUGCCAUUCAGAAGAGGCAGCUUCAAGACAUCAUUCAGAUUCAACAGGACCAGAUGAAGAAACUUAGAGAUGAAAUUCACCGUCUUAAGUGGACCACUGAAACUCAGAUUUGGAUGCUUAGAGCUGGUUGCAGUGGUCCAUUGAAGAGAGUCAUGUCUCGUCUCCUGUUGGUGUUUGACUUUGAUCACACCAUCAUUGAUGGGAACAGUGACGUUCUGGUCCAGGAGCUAGCACCAAAUGGAAAGAUCCCUCCCCACAUCAAGUCCUUGUAUACUGAUCGUGGGUGGACACCAUUCAUGCGGGAGGUGUUUGUCUAUCUUCAUCAAAAUGAAGUCACAUCUUCCCAGAUCCAAAACUUUAUGAAAGAACUUCCUUUUGCACCUGGAAUGUCUGCCCUCCUUUCUCAUGUCUUACAGAAACAAGACUCCAUUGAAGCCAUUAUCAUCUCUGAUUCUAAUCAAUGUUUCAUUCAGACUAUUUUAGACAACAAAGGAUUCACUUCUAUUUUUAAGAAGGUAUUUACAAAUCCAGCUUCCUUUGAUGCAGAUGGAGUCCUAAGGCUUAAGCCAUAUCAUCAGCAAAACUGGUGCGAACUGUGCACAACUAAUUUGUGUAAGGGCUCUGUGAUGGAGGGCCAUAUAUCUGAUGCAACAAGGAAUGGGAGUACAUUUGAUUGCAUUGCAUACAUUGGUGAUGGCAGCAAUGAUAUCUGUCCAUCUUUACGACUGGGUGAGCGUGAUAUUGUCUUUCCUCGUGAAGGAUACAGCCUUCAGAAGAAACUGGAAAAAUUCCAGAAUCAAGUCAAAUGCCAGGUGGUGUCCUGGGAAGAUGCUGGCACCAUCUGGAGUGCACUACAGAAGCACAUGUGACAUUCCCUAUUGUGUGGAUGCUCCCCAUUGCAAGAAAAGGGUAAUUGGACUUCAAUAGAAUAAACACAUAUUUAGGUUUCAUUGAACAAA